UAACUAAAUUUAGUAGCCCCACUUGGCCGACAAACACAAACAUAUAUAUACUUGUUUUCUAUUUUCUGUUGCGAAUCUAAUGUGGCAGUGUUUGAUUCAUAACUUUUGAAAGUCAUUAUGUGUCAUCGGAGGUAGCCCACUUAUAUUCAGUUAUUUUAUUGCAGCAUAAAGAACUGUCACAAGCAUAAAAUCUAACUGCAAAGGAUAAUAGCAGAUAAUGGAGGGGAAUUACAGUUUUUCAUCAUACCAUAAUGGUGGACCAGGAAGGGAAAAGGAUUUCCAGAAACUUGCACAAACAAUUGGAACCAGUAUUCAGAAGAUAUCACAAAAUGUAUCUUCAAUGCAGAAAAUGGUUAAUCAGCUGGGUACUCCACAGGACUCACAAGAGCUUCGAAAUCAAUUGCACCAGAUCCAGCACUAUACUCAGCAGCUGGCUAAGGAUACAAGUGCUAAUCUUAAGGAACUGACAGGCCUUCCUCUCCCAUCCUAUGCUUCAGAACAGGUGCAUGAACCACUUCUGAAGAAAAGGGAUUCUGAAGAUGAUAGACAAUGGAAGAUGCAGAAGGACCGAUUGGCUGAUGAGUUUACUACAGCCCUCAACAUGUUCCAGGCAACUCAGAGAAGAGCAGCUCAGAAAGAGAAGGAACAGAUUCAAAGAGUAAGGGCAAACUCUGGCCUAGGAGAUCCAUUUGGAGGCAGCAGGUACAGUGAACAGUUGAUUGAGCUUCAAGACAACGGUAGGCAGCAGGAUGUACAGGUGAUGGACGAGAUGAAUCUUCAGUUGUUAGAAGAACAAGAGCAAGCUAUUCGGCAAUUGGAGAGUGACAUCAGUGAUGUGAACCAGAUUUUCAAAGAACUUGGUGCCAUGGUUCAUGAGCAGGGUGAAGUAAUUGACAGUAUUGAAGCAAGUGUAGAGAAGACGGAAGUGUUUGUUGGUGAAGGAGCAAGCCAACUUCGACAAGCCAGUAAUUAUCAGAUUGGUCAUCGCAAAAGGAAGGCCCUUAUGCUAGGAAUUGUCAGUGUAAUAUGUGGAGCUGUCUUACUCAUCAUAUGGAUCAAGAUACAAACCAUAUAAAACAGUCGCUAGUCACUUGUGAGUAAAUGCAGCCAACAUAUAUUCAGCUUCUGAUGAAGACCGCUGGUUGUGUGUUGUGCAGGUGUGCAAGUACUGUGUAAACUGACACAAAUGUACUUUCUAAAUGUAUCACAACCUUAUAUAACAUUUAUUUUGAAGGACCUAUAUGAUUAUCUUCUUGCUUGUAUAUAGUCACUUGCAUAUAUGGUAGACACUUGA